GCAUGCCACUAGGCAGACAAGAUAAGAAGGAAGGACGAGCAGAGCAUGAUGGGACGACAUCGUGCGGGAAGCAAAGAAAAGUCAAAGGUUACACGGUCAAUCAGAUUCUUAUAAAAGGGCCUUUGUGUUUGAGAGGGCGUGGGUCCAGAGCAUUAUCAUGCAGUCUUCCUGGGUGCAAUCUGGGUUUGAGCUCGGAAAGCGGAGGUCAAUACAUUGGCGUUCAAGUGUAUAGAAAUGCGGAACGCUCAAGUGUGGGUCCAAUCACGGCCAGAAGCCCGUGGAGCCAAUAA